UCAAAGUCAAGCCCUGGACAUUUACCCCCAAACUCCUGCUCAGAGUCCAGUUCAAAAAAAAAAAAGGAACUGGUUCCAGAGAGGUCCGAGUCCUGCAGGUGAAUGAGAGAGUGAGUUGGAGCAGGUAGCUGGUCGUUUCAGAUGUUUUCCUCUCUGUAGAUGCUGCAGAAGUUCAGUCUCCAAGAUCUCAGCAAACGAGGAGUCGGACACUCACACGUCACUGCUCUGACUGAAGGCUCUCCUACCCAGCACCUCAGGUGCCUGCCACUUCCUCAGCUCCAGGUCCUCCACUGCCCCCGGAACCCCAGCAGGUCUCUGUGCUCCAGCUCCUCCACGACCAUCAUUGGGGAAGGCACUGAAACCACACCCAGCAGCGCAGGGAGGAAGGGGUGCGGCCCCAGUCCUGACACGAAGGAGGCGAAUCCAAAGAAGCCCUGCCUCUCACUGCUGUUUGCUGUUUCUGUAAAAGAGCUCUAUGGGGAAUACCAGGAGCACCAAGGAGGCUCUGGCAGACGAGAGGCCACCCGCCUGCUAACAGAGAGGCAGAUCAAGAAACAUGGCAAUCAUCCCCGCAGCCACGGGAGGACCCGGCAUGGCCGCCGUGGUUAUGGACAGAACGGAUGCCACAGUCGGCACAGCAAACAGAGGAACAGGCGUCAGUCCAACAUGGAGGCGGAGCCUGCUGGAGAGCAAACCGCUGAACCUGACAGCUCCUCUUCUAUGCAGAAGAAACGCUCCUGUUCUAAGUGUAGAGACUGCAUCGCUCGAGUGCAGCGGUUCCUUGUGACCAGGUUAGGAGAGGACUGGAUCUUUCUGGUUCUGCUCGGGAUUACAAUGGCGCUGGUCAGCUGGAGUAUGGACUAUGCCAGCGCAAAAAGCCUCCAAGGGUCUGGCAUCCCAGAGCUGAAAACUAUCCUGAGAGGAGUGGUGCUAAAGGAAUAUUUAACCCUCAAGGCCUUUGUUGCCAAAGUCAUCGGUCUGACUGCUGCACUGGGCAGCGGAAUGCCUGUAGGCAAAGAGGGCCCAUUUGUUCACAUCGCCAGUAUCUGUGCGGCCGUUCUCAGCAGGUUCAUGUCCUUCUUUUCAGGAGUGUAUCAGAAUCCAUACUGUUAUACUGACAUCCUGACAGUGGGCUGUGCUGUUGGAGUGGGCUGCUGCUUUGGUACCCCACUUGGAGGUGUGCUCUUCAGUAUCGAGGUAACAUCCACGUACUUUGCAGUGAGGAACUACUGGAGAGGAUACUUUGCUGCUACAUUUAGUGCCUUCAUCUUCAGAGUUUUAUCUGUGUUCAUCAAAGAUGCAGUAACCAUCACAGCUCUGUUCAGGACAAACUUUCGCAUGGAUUUCCCUUUUGACCUGCAGGAGCUGCCAGCUUUCGCCAUCAUCGGGAUCUCCUGCGGGUUCCUGGGUGCGUUUUUCGUGUAUCUGAACAGACAGGUGGUGCUCUUCAUGAGACGACCCAACGCUAUGACCCGCUUCCUGACCAAAUACCGGCUGAUCUUCCCCGCUGUGGUAACGCUGGUCAUCGCCACCUUGACCUUCCCACCAGGGUUUGGACAGUUCAUGGCAGGCGAGCUGAUGCCCAGGGAGUGCAUCAACUCUCUGUUUGACAACUUCACAUGGACAAAGAUUUCAGGAAGUCCACCCCCUGUCGGUCUGGGACUCUCCAUCGCCUGGCUGCACCCCGAUGUCAGCGUCUUCCUCGUCCUGCUGCUCUUCUUCAUCAUGAAGUUCUGGAUGUCUGCAGUGGCCACCACCAUGCCGAUUCCAUCAGGCGCCUUCAUGCCUGUCUUCAUACUGGGAGCUGCAUUCGGCAGGUUGGUCGGAGAGAUCAUGGCCACCCUGUUUCCUCAUGGGAUCGUGUUCGAUGGCAUCCUAUACCGCAUCAUCCCUGGAGGGUACGCAGUCAUUGGAGCCGCCGCUCUGACAGGAGCCGUAACUCACACAGUGUCUACGGCGGUUAUCUGCUUCGAGCUGACAGGCCAGAUCUCUCACAUCCUGCCCAUGAUGGUGGCAGUGAUCCUGGCCAACAUGGUGGCCCAGGGUCUGCAGCCCUCCCUCUACGACUCCAUCAUUCAGGUCAAGAAGCUGCCUUACCUGCCAGAGCUCGGCUUCGGACACAUGAGCCAGUACAACAUCUUUGUAGAAGACAUCAUGGUGAGAAAGGUGAACUUCAUAUCCUCUCAGUCCACAUACAGAGAAGUCAAACUCCUGCUGGACUCCUUUUCACUCAAAUCAAUACCACUGGUUGACUCCAAAGACUCUAUGAUCCUAUUGGGCAGCGUCGACAGGCUGGAGCUUCUGGCUCUCUGUGAUUGGUGGUUGUCGCCGGAGAGGAGGCUCCUGACGCAGGGUCAGAGCCUGCAGGAGCAGAAUCAGUCUCAGGAACACAGCUGGGAGUCCUUCGCCUUCGUAGAUGAAGGGGAAGAGGAGGAAGGAGAGAAGAGCAGCCCGGUGCAGGAGGAGAGGAACGGCCCCCUCCCUCCCUCGAAGCCUCAGGAGCCUUCCUCUAACCACACCGCUCCUGUUCCUGACAAAGCGUCUCUACAGUCUGUGAGGAGAACACUCAGGAGUCUCUUCACCUCUCAGAGCAGACCUGCAGAGGGACAGUCUCAGGUCAACCAGCCUGUCCACCUCUAUGACCUUGAAUUUCAUUGGCUGCCGCAGAUCAAAGCGUGGGAAGAGGCAGAGAUGGACAAGCCGAUGGAAAUCGAUGAGAUACGAGUGGACCCUUCCCCUUUCCAGCUGGUGGAGAGAACAUCAUUACACAAGACCCACACGCUGUUCUCACUGCUGGGGCUGAGUCAUGCCUAUGUGACCAGUAUCGGUAAACUGGUGGGAGUGGUGGCACUGAAAGAGCUCCAGAAAGCCAUCGAGGGCUCCACGCGCUCCGGCGUCAGGCUCCGUCCUCCUCUAGCAAGCCUGCGAGAAAUCAUCAACCACAACUCAGUCUCUAAAGCGCCGCCUUCCUCUCCCACCGCUCCUUCUCCUCCAACCUCAAUCUCCUCUCCCUCUGCUCCUCCUUCUCCUCAGCCUCCUCCUCCUCCUCACCUCCACCAUCAGCAUCAUCAGCCGGAGGGGGAAACAGAGGUGAGGAUUGAGGGUGUGAAGAGGGAGGCGGAGGAGGAGAGCAGCAGUGGCGGUGCGGGAAGCGGUGCUAGCUCCACCUCCUCUACUCCUCCCCCUGUACCUUCUUCCUCCACUCUUCCUCCUCCUUCUCCUUCCAUACCUCUCUCCACACUGACGGCCCUGCAGGGACUCCUUGAGGUGGAUGAAGACAGUGAUGAUGAGCCGAUGGUUUAGAUUAGAGGAGAGUGAUGGUUCUGUUUUUUAUAAUGAAAAACUUUUAUAAUGGUGUGAGUGUUUUUCUCUGUUCUUAAUUUGUUGCUCAUUGACCUCGUUUUGUCGCCUUGUAGGCAGAGGAAAGUUUCAUAGCUUAGCUUGAAGUAGCUUCAAGCUAACACAAAGUUAAAAUAGAUUUAAUCUAUAGUUUUAUUUUGAAGAUCGCUCCCUCACUGAUUCUUUUUGCUCAUUUCACCCACCUUUUAUUCAGUUCCCUGACAUCUCUGUCCAUCCUUACGAGCCCUCAACAUGAAUGUUUUUGAGUCCUGCCCUUCUUCAUUUAUCCACAGCUUGUUCUUCAUGCUCAAGGGUUCAACCCUGUGUGGUUUUGUCCCACAACUGGAGCUGCUGCUGCUUCUAAUCUUAUGUUAACAGUUGACUCUUUCCUCCAAGAUUUUUUGUGAAUAGGAAAAUAGCGUCUUAAAAGCAUUGAGGCGAAUAUUACAACCCAGACUUAAAACUUCAACCCUGAAAAAGAAUCAGAGCAAACCUCAUUGUAUUAGAAGCACUUUAAAUACCUUUUUUUGUCAUCUGAAAAGUUAGCCUUUACACAAGUGUGUUCAUUACACCAGUGUAAAAUGCAGAGAGAGGUGUUCUGUUGCAAUUUGGUAUUUAACCCAGAAGAUACAAGUGACUACUUCAAAACGGAGAGCAUGCUGCAUCCAUAGCACGGCAGACCAGUCUAGUGGUGCCACUUUUUGAUCCUUUUCUCCCUCAGUCAUUCACAAAGAUGCAUUCUAAGAAAACCUUAUGGAGGUCUGAUUAAAAAGACUCCUCCAUUUAAUUUAUCAUCCAUCAAAGCUACCAUCAGCUGUGCUCAACUACUGUACAAGUAGCUGGAAAUGGCACACAAUGGGAGUCUUCAUGCAGGAACCAUAGACUGUAUAAAUAAUGGAAGUAGUAUUGUUCUCAAAAACAGACUGUGUCUUAUACACCAGUUUGAUUUAUAUCCCUGAUUCUACAGUGAAUUCCUUAUCAGAGGCUUUUGGGAGCAUGAUAACCGCUCUGUUAGUUUGUCUUGAUCCAUGUGUUGAUGUAAUGAUCCAGGAUCAUCAAUGCAAAGUGGACAUUUAGAGAAACUGAGGGAUCUUUUGUAUUCAUUACUGUGGUGCACCCAGUGUACUCACUGAACCCAGCACAGUAUUUCUUCAUUACCUCAUCGUUUAUUUGUCUCUUUUUUUUUAAAAAGAGUUUUAUCAGAUGAGAGCAGGAGCUAUUGAUUCUUUUUUUUUUUCACUGGCUACAGAGCGUCUGGAUAACAGUAGACUAAUGGAGCUGCUCGGUCCGCCGUGGAAGAUUGGCCAAAGCCCCAAAACGACCUCCAGAUUGUGUGCUGACCUUGUGGAUGCAGCCUCAGAGCUCAUCUCAUCACGCUUAAGUUGAUAGAUGGUGCAGCUAAAGGCGGCUGACCACAGCCCAACACCCACUGCAGAUUUUUUUUUUUUUUACACCAUCAUCCAAACAAGGACACCUUCUAGAUUUACAAAAAAAA